CAUAAUAUCCACUUUUCCUCACCAAAACACACACAAACACAUUCACCUUCUUCUUCCUCCAUAGACAAAAACAGAGCACAGCUUCAAUAAAACAGAGCAUCUUCAAUCUUUCCAACCCAGAAAUCGAUCAAAACAUGGAUCAAAUCCAAAAGGCAGCCAUGGAAGAGCAGAAGAACAACAAGAACAUGAACAUGAACAAGAACAAGAACACUGAUCAAACACUAAAAAAGGUAACAAAAUUGUUGUUUUCUCUGUCUCUGUUUUCCUUCCUCUUCGCUCUUCCAAUACCCACCUGGCUCCCUUUCCACCUCUUCCAUAAUUCCCCAAAUUCCCGCUUCCAUUUCCUCAACCAACCAAUCGACAAGAACUCCAUGUUCCUCCUCUGCAACGCCCUCCUCGUAUUCCUCGCAAAUUACUCUGGUCUCUUCAAAUCCCUCUCCUCUUCCUCAAGGAGCUUCGACCCCUGUUCCAGACUCUACGAUUUCGGGCCUCUGUCGGAGCCAAUUACGACGGAGCUGGUUCAGAAACCGCCGCUGAUUCCGACAGAAACCGCCGCCGAUGAAAAGAACGAUGACCCAGAUGAAAGAAUCGUUUCAGCUCCAGAAAAUGGCGAAGAAGACGAGAGCUAUGGAUUAGCGGCGAGGUUUUUUGCGGCUGAAACAGGGGAAGUUGAGGAUACGGCGGCGGCGACGGAGGAGGAGGAAGAAGAAGGGAACGGCGGCGUGCUGAGUGAUGAAGAAUUGAAGAGAAAGUUUGAUGAAUUCAUUAAGAGAAUGAAGGAAGAAAUCGUUCUAGACGAUGCUACAAGAACCCUUGUGGUGGUUUGAUUAGUAAUUAAUUUUGGGCUAAAUUACUUUUAAAAAAAAAAACUCAAAAAAAUAUUUUUAUUCUUUUCAAAAUUGGAAUAUUGCCCUUGACCUCUCGUGAAUGUUUCGAAACCGCUUCAGGAGUAGAAAUUUCUUAAAAUUUUGAAUGAAAAUCGAGACUUGGAAUGGGUGUAGCUGUAACUUGAAUAGGUGGGAUGAUGUUCGGGUUAUAAUUUACGUUCCUAGUUAAAUGCUACACUGUUCCAAGUCAUGAUUGAAGCGAUUAAGAAGGUUAAAGGGUAAUAUUGUAAUUUUCAAAAUAAUAAGAAUAUUUGUUUAAACAAAUGACGAUGUUUAGGGGUAUUUUGGUAAUUUAGCCUUAAUUUUAUUAAAACUAUAAGGUUAAAUAUAUGAUGAUAUAUGAUGCCUAAAAAAAGGCUUGUAAUGUAUAUUUUUAUUUCCUUA